AUGGAUGAGACGUACAAGCUAAGGACUGAUUGGUAUCAUCAUGGAGAAGUAAACAGUGGGUCUGACGAAGCAAGGAAAGUGAUUAGAGAGUGGAAUGAGGAGAUUUUAGGGUUAUAUCAAGCUGCCGAAUACUUGGAUGAAGAGUUAGCUAACAAGACUGACUUAUGCGAUGUUGCUGAAGGUUUAGACAAGAGAGAAGACGAGUUUCUAGCUAAACUUGCUGAUGCCAAAACGCCAUUGUAUCCAAGUUGUGCCAGCCAUAGCAAGCCAUCAGCAAUUGUAUCGUUGUUUAGGCUGAAGACUCAGAAUGGGUGGUCGGACAAGAGCUUCAACGAGCUGUUAGAGACACUGCCGAGUAUGUUGCCGGAGGAUAAUGUGCUUCACACCUCGUUGUAUGACGUGAAGAAGUUCCUCAAGUCUUUCCAUAUGGGGUACGAGAAGAUCCAUGCCUGUGUUAAUGAUUGUUGUCUUUUCAGAAAGGGGUUGAAGAAGUUAGACAACUGUCCCAAGUGCAAGACAUCAAGAUGGAAGACUAACUUCCAAACCGGUGAACUUAAAAAAGGUGUCCCUCAGAAAGUUUUGAGGUACUUUCCCAUCAUUCCGAGGCUGAAGAGGAUGUUUAGGUCAGAGCAAACUGCUAAGGAGCUAAGGUGGCAUUUUACUAACAAAAGUAAUGAUGGAAAGCUGCGUCAUCUCGUAGACUCCGUAACAUGGGACCAGAUGAAUUCCAAGUACCCGUUGUUUGCCGCAGAAUCAAGGAACAUUCGGCUAGGUCUAUCUACCGACGGUUUCAAUCCAUUCAGCAUGAAAAAUACAAGGUAUUCUUGUUGGCCUGUAUUGUUGGUGAGUUAUAAUAUGGCUCCAGACUUGUGUAUGAAGAAGGAGAAUAUCAUGCUUUCCUUGUUGAUUCUUGGACCGUAUCAACCUGGCAACAGUAUAGAUGUGUACCUGGAGCCACUGAUCGAUGACCUCCAACGAUUGUGGGACAUUGGAGAGCAAACGUAUGAUGCAUUCAGUAAAACCACAUUCACAAUGAAGGCAAUGCUAUUGUGGACUAUUAGUGACCUACCUGCAUAUGGAAAUCUGGCUGGCUGCAGAGUAAAAGGUAAGAUGGGAUGUCCAUUAUGUGGAAAGCAUACUGAUAGUUUAUGGUUACCUAAUAGCAGGAAGCAUGUUUACAUGUGUCAUAGAAAGGGAUUAUCACCCACGCAUAGUUACCAUGGGAAGAAGGCAGGGUUCGAUGGAAAAGUUGAAUAUGGAAGGAAGGGUAGGAUUCUAACGGGUCAUAACAUAUUUGUGUUGCUGAAGAACUACAAAAACGAGUUUGGAAAUGUUAGACAAGCUGGAAAGAAAAGAAAAAGGGUUAUUCCUGCGGAGUCAUUAACUGAUAGUGAAGACGAAGAAUCCAAAUCAGAGGAGGAAGAGGAAGUAGAUGAAGAACAAUUAUCUAGAUGA